AUGAGUAGCUCAAAGCUCUUUACUCCCAUCCGCGUCGGAGCCAGCAACCUUAGCCACCGAAUUGUCCUUGCGCCUUUGACUCGAUAUAGGGCCAAUCGUGAUCACGUGCACGGGGAUCUAGCUAUCAAGUACUAUGAACAACGGGCAAGCAAGCCCGGGACGUUGCUCAUCACAGAGGCGACGUUCAUCGCGCCUGAAGCUGGAGGAUACCGAAAUGUACCAGGUAUAUGGAAUAAUGAUCAAGUAGAAGCCUGGAAGCGUGUCACGACCGCGGUUCAUGACAAGCAAUCGUACAUCUAUCUGCAGCUCUGGGCGACGGGUAGACAGGCUAUGCCCUCCAUACUGAAACAAGAGGGUGGAUAUCCGUAUGUCUCCAGCUCCGAUGUAGCAAUGAAAGGGAGAACCCCUCCACGUCCGCUCACCAAGGAUGAGAUCAAAAAAUAUGUUGGACUAUUUAGCAAGGCUGCAGAGAAUGCAUUGGAGGCUGGUUUUGAUGGCGUGGAGGUGCAUGGAGCUAAUGGUAAAGUAGACGAGGAUCGUCGACUUGUACUAAUAUGGAUCGAAGGGUACCUCAUUGAUCAGUUCAUCCAAGAUGUUUGCAAUAAGCGGACCGACGAAUACGGCGGUUCCGUUGAGAACAGGACUCGCUUUGCACUCGAGGUCACCGACGCGGUGACACAUGCCGUCGGACAGGAACGCACGGGUAUUCGCCUUAGUCCAUGGAGUACGUUUGGAGAUAUGAGGGAACGUGAUCCCAUCCCCACUUUCUCAUACCUCGUUCAGCAACUCUAUGAUCGAUAUCCACAACUCUCGUACCUCCAUCUUAUCGAACCAAGAGUUGGUGGGGAUAGCGAUGCCAGAGAUGACGGGAAAACCGACACCACUCAAGACUCAAACGAAUUUGCACGCAAGAUUUGGAAAGACCGCCCUCUCAUCUCUGCUGGAGGUUAUCAACCAGAGACGGCGAAGCAAUACGUAGAGAAGUAUGAUGGACUUGUAGCCUUUGGACGCUGGUACAUCUCAAACCCUGAUCUCCCUCGUCGUAUCGAGCUCGGCGCUGACCUGAAUGAAUACAACCGCAAGACAUUCUAUAAGCCCGAGAGCCCAGAGGGAUACAUUGAUUAUCCUUUCCUGGACUCAAAAUAG